AUGUCACCGUUCUCGCUGUUUGAUGCUCUACUCGGAAGGUUUAGGGCACCAGUUUUCGUCAGGCAACAGUGAUGGCGAUUCGAAUGCGGGUGAUGUUGACAGCAUGGAUCUAGACAUGGCCGGAGGGCUGUUGAGAGGGUCUUCUGGCGAUUUCGAGAAUGGGCGACCCGUGCCUCCAGGUUUUUGGCGACGGCAUUCCAAGGGCCGCCUAAGCUGGAGCGACGACUACCAGGGCGGCUGCCUCGCAGAAUACUACGAGGAUGAGCGAAGCCGGAUGGUGUCGGAAAGCUCCAGCGUUCCACCUGGCGACACGGACGUGUCAACAUCCGCAGAAUCAGCAGCAGCAGCAGCAGCAGCAGCAGCAGGAGAGGAAGGAGAAGGAUCGACAGGAUCCAGAGCCGACAGUCGUAUCGUGCAAUCGUGCCGUUCGAAAGUUGGAGGGAGUUCGGCAGCGGCAGCAUCGCCCGAUCCUAACACCCCCAAACAGCCGGAGAAGGGUUCCGAACAUCCUGGGCUAUUCAUGGGGCAGGAUCAAGAUGGUGAGGUGUUCCACAGCGCUCUCCAGCUCGCCGAAGACGACGACUUGGAAGGGCUGGAUGGCGGGUGUGCUGCGCUGGUCCACCGCGAUACAUUCUACGGAGACGUGCAGGAGAAGAUGGAGGACAGAAGCGUGCGUGUCAGCAUAGCAGGGGGAGGGAGCGGUGGUGGAGCUGCAGCUUCCUCACUUGGCGGAGAACCGGCCAAGCACGAGCAGAGCGAAGGGAGCGGGUGUCGAGGAGGACAAGGAGGAGGAGCGGCUGCUGGUGACACCGGUGUCGUAGCGGGUAGCGGUGGCGGUACGGGGACGCCGACGGCCGGGACCAGUCCGGGUACCUGGUCUCCUCAGUGGGGUUGGUACGUCACCAUGACCCCCCCGCAGGAUCAAUACCCAACCCAGCAGUUCCCGAUCCCCGGUGCCAAGCCUCCAACCCCAACCGCAUCUGCCGCAGCAUCCGACGUGCCCACUUCAGCCAAGGGGCGUCCGCCUAAACCCUGAGGAAUCCUGGUCGUUAGUCUUCCACGCGUCCAGGCUGCUUAGACGGGGGAGCCUAUUUUUAUUUGACCCCUAUGCACUUUUUUUUUUUUUUUUGCGACAGUCGCGGCUAGCUGGAACACCCCUCUCUGCCGGAAGCUUAUUUGUUGUAGCUGCCAGUUCCAAACAAGCUGUCAUUGAAACUACAAGCGGUAAUAUUUUCAGCGAGUCACUCAGGGAUGGAACCGUGCGUCGUCAAGGCUCUGUUUGGCAAUCGAUUCAUGUGGCUGUCAUCAGUUAAUCCUAGCUUACAUGAUAUUUGACAACUCGCUGGGCACUUUUCGGUGUGACGAAUAGAAUCCCUGCUCGCCUUGCUUUUGAUGUUUUGCAUGGUCCAUCAGAUGGCAAUCGUGACGUUCUCAUGAUUAACGUGAUUCAACUCUUGAUAGCAUUGAGUUACGAAGGACGCGACGGCGGUAUGUCUUAUCAUUUUCCGGCAGCCUCUGACAUACUUCUACAAUAGAGGGAGCGAUUUAUUUGAGCAACGGACAGUUGGUUAAGGGUCGAACGUUGUUGGCAUCUACAUCUUUCUGGCUGCCCCACACCGAAUGAUUGCUUAUUCCAUCCCCCGAAGGUUACAUGGACGCCGACUUUGCCUCCCAGUUGAGUUCAUCUUGGAGUACAUUCUCUUUCGUGUAUGUUGUUCAUGCGGGAGGCUAUAGAUACGACAUGCUAGCGCUGGCUGGGUUACCAUUACGCUGGUACCGGUCAUUCGUUGUAUUACUUGCUGUCAACGUCGUGUUGGGAUAGAAAGUACACGUGUCACAGCCGUUUCAUGUUGUGAUGUUGGGUGCUGUUUGGGAGAUACCUCUUUAUGUCGCUCCAAGGAAAGUCCGUGGAAGUUUCUUGGAUUCCCCUCGCAGUUCUCAUGGGCACGAGUGAAGGUCUGCUGCCGUUUUUGCCGUCAUGUGUCCAACACUCCUGGCGGACUUCACAGGUUGAACUCGUCAAUGGCAAGCAACCGCAUACGGUGCUCGACUCUAGAGUCAAUGCAGUGGUUAAUUUGACGGGCAAUAGAUAGGCGCAUUUUUAGUCUCAGUCGUCAAGAAGUCUGUAGGGCGACCAAGCUGUACGUUUUCUGUUGGAUGCGUCUGUGGAAUGGGGGGAAACCCCGUGGUAGCUAUCGUAGUUUUUGGGGGUUCAAAAGCUUCGACGUUUGUAAGUGAAGUUUGCGCUGUAUUUCCAGCUGAUGAUUGUUAUCUGCAGCUUGUUUCGAAGGCGGCCUCGUGGGUCUCGUCCAGACUUCGAUUGGUCAGCGUAUUGUUUCGAGCACGGCCUGGUGUUGGUGUUGAUAGGAGGAGGCCCUCCAACGAUGUUCAAUUUCAAGCACGGGGGUCGCAAUGGUCUUACCACGUCGGACGCACAGCAUUUGCAUGGCGUGCGCCACGGUCGUAACAUACAACGGAGAGUUUUUUUCGUCUUUGUUUUUCCAUUGGCCUAGGUAAACCGCCUGUUUGAACGAGUUCAGUGUCGCCUAUAACUCUUCCUAGUUUAUCUCAUCGGGCUCGGCUGCUUUUGGGCUAGACUGCUUCUUGGCGACGUCUCAUAUGCGUAGUCGAGAGUAGUUGCGUCGACCUUUCGAUGGUGGAUAGACUAAAGGUUUCACAGCGGAGUAAAUUUUAGCUCUACGGCCCUUGCUGCAGUAGUACUUCUGUAUACAGCAGCAGGCCUGUUCUAUUUGAGGGUUGAGGAUGUCGUUGGCCAUGCAGAACUUGCCCGAUACAUUGCAUAAUUUUGAGCAAUCGGCUCGAGCAAAUGCGAGAUGCACCGAAGAUUCUUCUUGUGUCUCACGCGUUGCAGUGACCUGGUGAUGAGUGCAGGUGCUGCGAUGUUUUUUUUUUGCUUUCCCUAGCCCUGUUCCGUCUGAAUAUAGCUUUUUUGUUUGUUUUCUUCGUUUGCAUUAAUGCAUGGAUAAGAGUAUGGGAGUAGCAGUCGCAGAGCAGAGGAGAGCGACAGCGGCAGCGCAGGGUUGGUUCUCUUCGUCUAGGCGAAGACCAUGCGCCGUGACGGGUGCCGUUAAAUGCUGUCUGUGUCGUGCUGAUUUUUUCUGAUGCAAGCGAUUCGGCGUAGACAUGUACGAGGGACAAACGUUUUAGGCUUUAUGGCCUACUGGGGUCGGUUGGUUCCUCUGCUGCGAUGAUCGUGUAUCGGACUUCCUCCUUGGGCAGAAGUUCGCACACCGUCCUUUUACGGUGGCGUUGAUGUCUCAAUGGCCGACCGUUGAUGUGCUGCUUUGGUAUGGAUGAUGUAAUGGUUUAGUAUACACGGACAGGACAUCGCGGGAUUUGAAGGGAAUGCUCCAGUAUAGCCUACCUGCUUUUGUUUUUGAUGUUGUAGGCAAACAUUAUGGUUUUGAGUGGGUAGCCGUUCUUCCCCUCUCGCUGCGCGAGGGAUAAUGCAUUUUUACGCAAAUGAUGCCUUCAAAGUUGCUUGAGAGUUGCAAGUCCAUUUGUUGUGUGCAAGGAUUAUCUCUACGGCAUCGGUGCAUGUGGCGUCUCCAGAGUCAUUUUGAAUUUAGACUAGACUAUAGACUAUCUGUAUCUAUCUACAUGUUCGUACAUAUCUCAAAGAGAUGUCUCUCUGUCCUUUAGCUGUCUGUAUGUAGUUAUAAAAGAACUGCAUAUGUGAACCUUCGUUGUGGAUACCUCC